AUGGGUAUAUUAGUAUUAACACCCAUUAAUAAUUACAAUAAAUAUGGUAGUAUAAAAGUUGAAUUUGCUCUUGAUGGAUCUUAUGUGGAUGGUGAAGUUGAUGCUGAUAUAAAUAAUUUAUGCAUUGGUGGUGGUAUGGGUAUAUUACCACGUGAUCGUAGUGUUCCAUUUAGUCCACCACAUAUAUUAAGACAUCUUGUUAAUAAAGAAUAUGCAUAUGUUAGACAACGUGGGUUAAAAAUUCGUAUUGCAAGAUUAUGGAAAUUACAUCAUCGCGGAUGGAAAAAAGUAGCUACAAUACCAUGUUCACAUCCAGAUGCGCCAACAAAAUGUAAAAUACCAUCAGGUCGAUGGAUGAUACUUAAAUGGGCUUGUUGUUCUUUGGCUAGAGAGAUAUUAUCGAAUAAUACGGCUUAA